ACCAAAAUGUCGGACGCAUGGGACGCAGAGGAUUUUGACGUUAAUGCUGGAUUUUCUUCAACUACUGAUGCCUGGGCGGGAGAGGACGCUGAGGAAGUGAAGGAUAGCUGGGAAGAUGAAGAAGAGGAGAAAAAAGAAUCUGCAGAUCCAAAGGCAUCAGAAACCAAAGCUUUUCAACGAAAGAAAAAGAAAUUAGCUGAUAGAAUUGCAGAAAAACAAGCAGCAAAGAUAAAAGCACAGGAAGAGGAACAGAGAGUUCUAACACCUGAAGAGGAGCUUUCAGAAAAAUUACGACAGAGGAAACUCCAAGAGGAAUCGGACCUAAAACUAGCAAAAGAAGCAUUUGGUACAAGUGACAUUACUGGUAUAGAUGCCAUGUUUCCAGAAACAGAAGAAGAAUAUAAAGAAUUUGAAGAGGCGUUGAAAAAUAAAAUUACAUACUUUGAUAAAUCCAAACAUUAUGUUUCCUUUAUAGAAAAGUUAUUUACAGAUAUAGUAGUCACACUUGAAACAGAAGAUGUGAAAAAGGUGGGAAGCUGUAUAACAACUAUUUAUCAAGAGAAAUUGAAACAACAAAAAGAAUUAAAAAAGAAAGAAAAGAAGAAAAUGAAAGUUACGAUAAAGUCGGAGAGAGAUGGAGAUUUCGGAGAUCUAGCUGCUGCAUCAUCAGGACAUUAUGAUGACCUCUAUGAUGAAGACUUUAUAUAACACCCAUAUAUUCAUAAUGUGCUCAUAUUUCUUGCUUGGCAACCAGUUUAAAAAGCCUUAUUUUUAUAAACUCAUUGGUCCCUUGCCAACAAGAUAGAUUCAUGUGGAAUGACAGUGUACAACCAAGAUCCCCAAGACAUUUAGCUAUUAUUGUUUGUAAACUUUGUAAACCCUAGUUUACAAAUCACAUGUUUACACCGUGUUCUGUGGGUUCCAUCUGUUACAAAUGCCCCAUGUGAGAAAGUUGUUGCUAAAUCUAAUCUUUAAAGAAUUAAAAUUGCAAAUUUUUAGUUCUUAUUAAAGAGGCAAAUCAACUAUAUAUUAAAAUUCAAACUGACCAAGUAAUAUUUUGGGAGUAAGUGUUAAAGUACUCCUGGGUAUUUCAACAGCUAUACCAUGCAGGUCUGGAAGAAAAAUGUCCCUUACUGCUUAUAUGUAUAUGCAGGUUGAGUUCUGAAAUUACCUAAAUACAUAAUUCAUUACUUAAUUUUUACAUUGUCUCCUUGAUAGAUUUGAGUUGAAACAGAAAAAGCAGAUAAAAAGAACAAUUGCUGUUUUUGAGAAAUAUUUUUUUAAAGGUUUGAGUAUAUGAAAAGUGCUGUCAUUUUUUUCCAGCUAAUUGUUCUUGUAAACCAAAUCUAACAAAUACUGUCCAUUCUUUGAAAUUUGUUGAUGGAGAGUUAAAUUUGGUUAAUUAAUUAUUGGGAUUUUAUUAGUGUCCAAUCAUGUUCCUUUUAUAUUGUUGAUGGAACCCACAGUAUUUGAAAAAUAAGUUGUUAAACUUGUCUUGGUUCAGUUACAUUAUUACUUACUGGGAUGGUCCUGGAAAUGAUUUGAUGAUGAUUUUAGAAGAAAAAGCUGUUCCUUACAAUUCUGUGAUACUGAUCUAUUGGGAGGGGAAUUUAUGCAAGAAUGACAUCCUUCAGCUGUAGAUGACGAGUUGUUAAUCUGAAAUAUUCAGGAAAAACCCAUUUCAUUGGGUAAGAAAACAGGACAUACCACUUCAGUGUUUGCCAGUUGUCAAAUCCAAGUUUCAAGAAAGAUUUUAAUAGCUUGAAGUGAAUAGGGUUGAAUCUUCUAGCAGAAUUUUCGUUUCACAAAGAUUUUCAACAAGGAAUCUCUGAGAAAUUUCUAAAAGUGCUGAUUAAUGAAUUGAUUGUGCCAUAUUCAACAUGCAUGAUAUUUAAAAGUUGAUAUGGUACUUCCCUAUAGAAACUAGGUUGUUUCUUCUCACUGUUCAAAUUGUACUUCCCUAUAGAAACUAGGUCGUUUCUUCUCACUGUUCAAAUGGUACAUCCCUAUAGAAACUAGGUCGUUUCUUCUCACUGUUCAAAUUGUACUUCCCUAUAGAAACUAGGUCGUUUCUUCUCACUGUUCAAAUUGUACUUCCCUAUAGAAACUAGGUCGUUUCUUCUCACUGUUCAAAUGGUACAUCCCUAUAGAAACUAGGUCGUUUCUUCUCACUGUUCAAAUGGUACAUCCCUAUAGAAACUAGGUCGUUUCUUCUCACUGUUCAAAUUGUACUUCCCUAUAGAAACUAGGUCGUUUCUUCUCACUGUUCAAAUGGUACAUCCCUAUAGAAACUAGGUCGUUUCUUCUCACUGUUCAAAUUGUACUUCCCUAUAGAAACUAGGUCGUUUCUUCUCACUGUUCAAAUGGUACAUCCCUAUAGAAACUAGGUCGUUUCUUCUCACUGUUCAAAUUGUACUUCCCUAUAGAAACUAGGUCGUUUCUUCUCACUGGUCAAGUUUGCCUUGUAAUUUUCCUGUUUUUUUGUCACUAUUACACUUGCCAAAACAAAUGCCUCGGUUUAUAAGUAGAACUGAUCUUGUAUAGCUUUUUUGCCUUCAGAAAGCUUCAUUUUAAUUCUUUGCAGUUACAGAGUAUUGCAUGGAGUACAGUAGUAUUAAAAGAAUGUUUAACACAUAGCAUUCACCAAUUGAAUAUUGCUGAGGUUCGGAAAGAAAAUAGAGGUGAUCUCAAAAUGGUACAAGUAAUGAUAUAUGCAAAUUCAUUGUAAAGUUUGCUUUGUUCAAAAUGUGAAAGCACAUAUUUAUUUUGCUUUAUUUUGCACAAUAUUUCAUGACAAACUUAUUUAAAUUCAGCUUCUACUUGUGUGAACUGCUUUUUGAUCGUAACUGAAUGAUGAAUCAUCCAUUGAUUUGUCCCAAAUUCAUACAAUUCAUCGUUUCAUUUUACUCCAUGUACAUGUAUUUUUGAUUUACUGUGCAAUACUUCUAUGUAUAUUGCACCAUGGCAAGUUCCAAGUUUACCCAUUUGACAUUUUAUUACCUUAUUUCAAAAAUGAUUAUCUUUUCAAAGCUUAUUAAUUGAACCUGUAUGAGAAGUGUUUUUUUAUAUUCUUUUACAUAUCUAAUUUUAGGAUCCAGUUUGAAUUAUACUAUACUCGUCAUCAGACAUGGAGCCUACAGAGAAAAACAGUGGUGCAUGUUUCAACAUUCAAUUAUUUUUUCCUAGUUUUGAUUUGGCAUGUUGAAUAUGAAUAACAAUGUAAAUACAUAAAGUAACACAUUAUUCUAACAAAUCUAGUUGAUAAGAACUUGCCAUCUCUCUUAUUAUUUAUUCAAGAACUUGUGAAGGAGUUGGCAAGGGGGAAUGGAAUUUAGAGACCAUUUUUUCUCUAACUUUAUUUAAAUGUUGGUCAUACCGUACCCAACAGCAUUAACAUCUCUUUGCCAGUAGACUGGUGGUUACUUACAUGGGGGAGGGAAUUUAUCCCAGCUAAUGAAGCAUUGGAACAUCUUCAGACUUGUUUGCUUACUUUUGAUAGAAAUGUGUCUGAUUGAAAUGACAACUUUUCAUAUGUGUAGAGUCUAAACAUGAAAGCAAAACUCUUUAAUAAUAAAACAAAUCAUUGAAACAAAA